UGUGACUAUUUUUUAUUUCGAAGAUGGCCGCCUUUCGGCUGCUUUAGUUAGCGAGUAGCGAGCCGGCGGUAAAUAAUUUUGCAAAAUUGUUUCAUUUUGCGAUAAAAAUCCACAUGACAAUGGUUACUAACGUGUUGUGCAGAAGUUUCAAACAUCUAGGAAUUACGAAAAAAUAUGCCGUUGUAGUUCGUUACUGUUCAACCCAGACAUCUACAAUAACGAAAACUGGCGGGCCACUUUUUUACAAUACCGAAAAUGUAAAUGACAAAAGAUAUUAUGAGCCCAAUCUCCGUUUGUCAACGAUACCAUUGCCAAUUCUUGACACCAAUCUUCCUCCUCAUCCUAGUGGUCGAAUUCACGAAUUUCCAGUGAACAUUAAAGCAAUAAUAGGAGAGCCACCGAAGCUUGAACAGCGCCAAGAAGAUUCUAGAAUUGACAAGUCUCUGGAUCUUCCGACUAAUGGAGGAAUAAGUGAGAAACAAGCUGUGACAGCAAUUGUCAUAAGAAGACGUAAAAUGAGACGACAUAAGCUGAGAAAACUGAGGAAAAGGAUGAAAUUUUAUUGGGGAAAAAUAAAACAAAGACGUGAGAUGCAAAAAGAGAAAAACUUUCACGCAGAGCUGUUGGCCCAGAUAAAAAAAGCUGAGCAAUUUGAUGCUGAAACACAUAUUAACUAUCGCUUGAGUCUACUCGACCAAGUUCGUUGGCCGAAUAAAUAUCGAGGUGUUGUGUUGCCAGAAGCUCAAAUACGAGAAUUCUUGGAGCGGGACAGAAAAAAACGUGAGGCUAAGCUGAACAAACCACGGCUGAAGUUGUAAACACGAUCUUCAAUGAGUUAUAACAAAUAAAUCAAUCUAUAAAAUCCGUGUUGAUCAUUCUGAUCUUAUAUGUGUUAAUGAAUAAAGGAAAGAAUUAGAGGAAA